UUAUGGUUUGAGUUCAGUACCAUUUAGAAUUUCAGUUUUCCAUGCCUGUAUCUAGCUGCAAGUUUUGUUUAUUUCUUUAUUGUUACAGGAAAGUUAAACGUUAAAAUGCUACCGCUAUCACUUCUUAAAACUGCACAGAGUCAUCCAAUGCUCGUGGAACUAAAAAAUGGAGAAACGUAUAAUGGACAUUUGGUCAGUUGUGAUUCUUGGAUGAAUAUUAAUUUACGUGACGUUAUCUGUACUUCUAAGGACGGUGACCGGUUCUGGCGCAUGCCCGAAUGUUAUAUACGUGGCAGUACAAUUAAAUAUCUCCGCAUUCCAGACGAAGUAAUUGACAUGGUAAAAGAAGAUGCUCAAACUAAAUCAAGAAAUCGGGCAGAAAUGAAUAAAGGUCGAGGAGGAGGUCAAGGCGGUGCUCAAAAUCCGAAUCAGCGCGUACGUGGUGUAAAUAGAAAUAAUUUUAAUAACAGAAUUAACCAAGGUACAACCGCUAGCAAUAAUGGUCCAAGACAGAAUGCUCAGAAUAUUCGAACCGUCACACAGCCAAACAAAUUAAGGAAAUAAUUUAUCAAUUGAAAAACAUCUGUAAAAACAUGUACAUUUUUUAAUUAAUAUUAUUAAAGGCUGAUAAAUUUUCUCACUUUAAA